AAAGCCGGAGACAACCCUAGGAGCCGGAAGAGAAGACCAACACAGGAACCCGAGGAAAGGUAACCGAGAGAGCCGAGGAAGGCACAGACAAAGGAAGCCAAGGAGUUCAAGGAUAACAGGACAAGAACCAAAGAUCAAAGAACUAGCGUACCUCCCCUCGAAACAAGCGGCAACAAAAAGAGGGAACUUCAAAGAAGGGGAGGACAUGUGUGGACCUCAUAAGGGACAAAUUAACAAAGGGGACAACUCCUAUGAAGGAAAUAUCCAGGGAAUCCAAGCGGAUGAGAACUCACCCCAAGUAGAAGAGGAUAUCCAGAAAAAUAGGAGCCCCAGCGGCAGAAUCUUGACAAGCCGAGGAGCAGGGAACGCCCAGAUAAAGGAGAUGCCGAAUCUCAAGAUAUGA